AUGCACAGGCACGGCAUGAAUACUUCUCUGGGUGUUCGCUUCUCUAUUCUCUUGUUGUUGUCUGAAAUUGUAGGAUUAUGCUUUUGUGGAAAUUCAAGCGUGGGAUGCUUAGAACAAGAGAGGCAAGCUCUUCUCAAGUUCAAAGCAACCCUCACUACUGAUCCAUCAGAUAGGCUUUCUUCUUGGAAUUCCAGUGAUUGCUGCCACUGGAAUGCUGUGACCUGUGACAGAGUUACUGGCCAUGUUCUCAAACUUGAUCUCAGGAAUCCAUGUUAUAGCUUACCAGUUGAAACUUGUGACUUUGGCCAGCAAUCUGUGGGAGGUUUACACGUUGAUGAAUCUCUUGUGCAAUUGGAACGCUUGAGUUACUUGGACUUGAGUGGAAACCAAUUUCAUGCUGCUCCAAUUCCUCUCUUCUUUGCUUCGAUGCAUCAGCUGAGAAAUCUCUCUCUCUCUAAUGCUAAUUUUAGCGGCAAGAUUCCGCAUAAUCUUAGCAACCUCACCAACCUACUCCAUCUUGAUCUCAGCCUCAAUGAUUUCCAACUCAGUGACAUGAACUGGGUUUCUAGGUUUCGGUCACUGCGAAGCCUUGACAUGCAUGACGUCGACCUCGGGAAAACACAUGAUGUAUUCCAGGUAUUUUACAAGCUUCCUUCUCUAUCUUAUUUGAAUUUAGCUGAGUGUGGAAUUCACUCCCUGAUCCCUCCUCCUCAUCACUCUCCUAAUUUCACCCACCUUCCAAGGAUUCAAGUGCUCGAUCUUACUUACAAUUCACUUGAAAGUCGCAGUCUUGAUGUUUUCCAAAACCUGACUUCUGUUAGAUUUCUUUACCUUAGUUUCAACAAUCUCAGUUCAUUGCCAUUGUGGUUCAGUAAAUUUGAUAAGCUUGAGGAACUAAAUGGUGCUUACAAUGGACUUCGAGGUCCGCUUCCCCUUGUUCUCAAAAAUUUGUCUUCCAUAAGAGUCCUUGACCUUUCUUCCAACCAUCUUACGGGUUCUGUUCCAUCUUGGUUAGGUGAGCUAACCAACCUUCACCAACUAGUCCUUUCCUCAAACAAUUUCACUUCUUUAGAAUCCUCUCUAUCUUUGAUUCUAAAGAACAUGUGCCGUUUAAAAACAUUAGAUUUCUCAACGAACAACUUCCACGGAAAAGCAUUUGGGAACUUUGAAUCUGGAUGUGUCACGUAUGAUCUUGAGCAGCUUGACUUGAGCUCGAACACAUUUAAUGACUCAUUACCGAGCUGGUUAGGGGAGCUUGAAAAUCUAAAGGAGCUUCAUAUAUCUGAAAGCACAUUCUAUGGUCCCAUUCCCUCUUCUCUCGGGAAAUUGUCACAGUUGGCAAGACUUGAACUUGUUAACAAUCAUAUGAAUGGAACAAUUCCUGAAAGUCUCACACAGCUUGUGAAUCUAACUUUCUUGCGUCUUGCCGGAAAUCAAUUAGAAGGGUUUAUUCCAAGCAGUCUCUCACAGUUGGUGAACCUGACUUUACUUGACCUUUCAAACAAUCGUCUCAGAGGCACCAUUCCCCGAAGCUUGGGCCAACUUGUGAAGUUGCAAUACCUUGGUCUUGCCAAUAAUGGUUUACAUGGUGACAUUCCCGAUAAUUUUGGCCAACUUGUAAAACUAGUUGAAUUAGAUCUUUCUCUAAAUAGUUUGAAAGGGUCAGUAUCUGCUUUCGAGAGAUGGUCAUUUGAGCAGCUCACAAUACUGAAUCUCUUUGGAAACAGCAUUAGCGGAUCAUUGCCUAAAAAUAUUGAUGAGAUAAUGCCUGGGUUGGUGUAUUUGCUUGUUGGGAAUAACUCCAUGAAUGGUUCAAUACCAAACUCAUUGUGCAAAAUUUCCACCUUGUUUCGACUUGAUCUCUCAAGGAACAAAUUUUCAGGUGAAAUUCCAGAUUGCUGGCAGGAUAAUCAAGGGUGGGAUGAAAUAAACCUGUCGUCCAACAAACUAUCAGGUGGUAUUCCAAGCACAUUUAGUAAUCUUUCCUCCCUGUUGUGGUUGCAUUUGAACAAUAACAGCCUUCAUGGGGAGCUUCCAAUGUCUUUAAUGAAUUUAAAGCAACUGGUGAUUAUUGAUGUCGGUGAGAAUCAAUUUGUCGGAAGAAUACCACCGUGGAAUGGGGACACUUUUCCCAUGUUACAAAUUCUUAGACUACGACAAAACAAGUUGACCGGUAGAAUUCCUUCACAGCUUUGUCAACUCCCAUCACUUCAGAUCUUGGACCUUGCAAGUAACAACUUAACGGGUUCAAUACCUCACUGCAUUGGUAAUCUUAGUGGGAUGAUUAAAUCCAACAGGUCAAAUGAAGCCAAGGUAAAAUUUGAUUUCAAUUUUUUCACAACAGACUUCACUGAUGAGUGGCCUGCCGAGGAUGUUAAACAAGUUGUGAAGGGGACAGAACUUGAUUACAUCAAAAUAUUGAAGUUUGUGGUGAACAUGGAUCUUUCUGAUAACAAUCUGGUAGGAGUUAUUCCUAAAAGUAUAACUCAGCUCACUAGACUGCACGGCUUAAAUCUGUCGCACAACCAUUUCAAAGGAAAGAUUCCCGAAAGAAUAGGAGAUAUUAAAUCACUUGAAUCUUUUGAUAUCUCUUGUAAUAAUUUUUCUGGUAGAAUUCCAGAGACCAUGCCUACUUUAACCUCAUUGAGCCACUUAAACUUGUCAUACAACAAUCUUUCAGGACCAAUUCCAACAGAAAACCAGUUUUUGACUUUGGGCGACCAACGGAUUUAUGCUGGCAACCCUUAUCUUUGUGGAUUUCCACUUCCAAAUAAGUGUAAUGGAGGUGAUUUGGAUGAUCAUGCUCAUAAAAGUGAAGGCUCUAGAGAUGACAAGGACGACAAGGAUUCUGAGAAAGUGUGGUUUUAUUUUGUCAUAGCUGCUGGGUUUGCGAUUGGCUUUUGGUCAGUCAUUGGGACUCUCCUGUUAAAGAAGAGAUGGAGAUAUGCUGUGUUUCGCCGAGUAGAUGAUGUGGCAGAUGACAUAUAUGUGUCCGUCGUAUUGAAAGUAGCAAAGCUCAAGAGGAUGAUGAGAAAUCAUGUUGAUGUUUGACCCCCUCCUAGUUUUGUGUCCCUUCUCUUUUUAUUGUAACCAAGUGAUGUAUUAUGCGUGUUUGCUAGCUUGUUGGAAUAACUGUGCUUUUUUGUUAAUUUAUGUAAUCUUUGUUUUAUACUCCUCCUGUCCUAAAUAUAAAAUUCA